CGUUAUGGGCAAAAGCCAAAAUGUUCAUUUACUCAUUUAGUUGGCAAAGAAUUCUCGGGCGAGUAAUUUUUGUUUCGGUUUUUUGUGUUUACUUGGAAAUCUGCAGAUUAACUUAAGCCCCACCCCAACCCAACAAUAAAAGUAAAGUAAAACAAACAAAAAUUGUACUGUGAGCUAAACCGAACCGAAAUUUGAAGAAAAAAACUUUAUUAUAACAUAAAUUAAGGUUGUGUUCCUGCUCCAAGGAAAAUGCCGGUGUUUCAUACGAAAACUAUAGAAAGCAUUUUAGAUCCUGUAGCACAACAGGUAUCACGCUUGGUCAUCCUUCAUGAAGAAGCCGAAGAUGGCAAUGCCAUGCCCGAUCUUAGCCGACCCGUACAAGUGGUCUCGGCUGCCGUCACUAAUCUCGUGAAAGUCGGCCGUGACACCAUUAACAGUUCCGAUGAUAACAUACUCCGCCAAGAUAUGCCCUCAGCAUUGAAUCGCGUUGAGACUGCCUCGCAGUUGCUGGAAGAAGCUUCCGAUAUGUUGCGGGCCGAUCCAUAUUCGGGACCGGCGCGCAAAAAACUAAUUGAGGGAAGCCGCGGUAUACUGCAAGGCACCUCUUCGCUAUUGCUCUGCUUUGAUGAAUCGGAAGUACGUAAAAUCAUACAGGAAUGUAAGCGGGUGCUGGACUAUCUGGCCGUGGCCGAGGUUAUAAAUACCAUGGAGGAUUUGGUGCAGUUCCUUAAGGAUCUUUCGCCUUGUCUGAGCAAAGUUUCGCGUGAGGUUAGCGCCCGUGAAAAGGAGCUGACCCAUCAGGUGCACAGUGAAAUUUUGGUGCGUUGUUUGGAACAGGUGAAAAUUCUGGCCCCCAUACUAAUUUGCAGCAUGAAAGUCUACAUCCACAUAGUCGAGCAACAGGGUAAGGGUGUAGAGGAGGCUGCAGAAAAUCGCAACUAUUUAGCCUCACGCAUGAGUGAUGAAAUUCAGGAAAUCAUACGCGUUCUCCAGUUGACCACCUAUGAUGAAGACACCAGUGAGCUGGAUAAUUUGACGGUGCUUAAGAAGCUGAAUAAUGCCAUCAAUACCAAGGCUGAGUUGGCCAAUGAUUGGUUAAAUAAUCCCUACGCAUUACGCGGUGGAGUUGGUGAGAAGGCCUUGCGUCAAAUCAUAGAAAAUGCCAAUGAAAUCUCAGAGCGUUGCUUGCCGCAAGAUUCAUAUCCCAUUAGACGCACCGCUGAUGAAAUCUCAGCCAUGGCCAAUAGUUUGUGUGAAUUGCGUCAGGAUGGCAAAGGUACCUCUCCGCAAGCCGAAUCUCUGGCUCGUAGCAUACGUGAGAAACUUGGCGAUUUGCAAUCCCAAAUUCAGCAUGCCGUUAUUGGUGUGAACAAAGCUGGCGUGCAGCAAACUGCACAUACCAUACAGGGACGUUUAGAACAAGCUGUCAAAUGGCUGCAACAUCCCGAAAUCAAUGAUGGUGGUUUGGGAGAACGUGCCGUAAACUUGAUUGUCGAGGAGGGUAGAAAAGUCGCCGAGGGCUGCCCUGGCCACCAGAAAGCCGAGAUCAUGCAGUUGUGUGAUGAAGUGGAACGUUUGAAACGCCAAGCAGCUGGUAAUACCCCCGCGGCAAAAGAAGCCGCCAAGAAACUAACCCAUAAACUGCAUGAACUAAAGGCUGCAGUGCAAAAUGCUCUUGUCAAUCGCAUAGUGCAAGAUUUCAUGGAUGUCAGCACCCCAUUGAAACAAUUCACCGAAGCCGUUAUGUUGCCCGAAGGCACCCAAGGGCGUGAGCAGAAUUUCAAUCAGAAAUCUAAUAACUUGCAAGCUUUUUCGGAUCGUGCCUCCAAGACCUCCCGCAUGGUUGCUGCCGGUGGUGCUUGUGGUAAUAAGAAAAUUGCCGAAAUUUUACUUUCCUCCGCCUCCCAAGUGGACUCUUUGACCCCUCAGUUGGUGAAUGCGGGACGCAUUCGUAUGAACUAUCCCGCCAGCAAGGCAGCAGAUGAGCACUUGCAAAAUCUGAAGCAACAAUAUGCCGAUACUGUUUUGCGCAUGCGCACCGUUUGUGAUCAAGCCACUGAUCCGGCUGAUUUCAUUAAGACCUCCGAGGAACAUAUGCAAAUGUAUGCGAAACUUUGUGAGGAUGCCAUUCAUGCCAAACAGCCACAAAAAAUGGUUGAUAAUACAUCGAAUAUUGCUCGCCUUAUCAAUCGUGUACUACUGGUGGCCAAACAGGAGGCUGAUAACUCUGAAGAUCCUCACUACACAGCUAAAUUAAAUGCUGCUGCUAAUCGUUUGGAGAGUUCACUGCCAGCCAUGGUUGGUGAUGCCAAGAGGGUGGCAACCAACAUAAAUGAUCCAGCAGCUGCACAUGCAUGGAAGGGUUCAUUCCAAAGACUUUUGGGUGAUGUGAGAGAUGUUCGCAAUGCUAUUGCUCCACCAGCACCACCAUUGCCUAACGUCCCACCACCACCAAUUCCAGAAUUUAGUGCUAUGCACUUGUCAAAUCAAAAUGCCGAACGUGCCCCACCAAGGCCACCAUUGCCUAGAGAAGGAUUGGCUCCUCAACGACCACCACCACCAGAAACCGAUGAUGAAGACGAAGGUGUCUUCCGCACCAUGCCACAUGCAAAUCAACCUAUUUUGAUUGCCGCCCGCGGUCUUCACCAAGAAGUUCGUCAAUGGUCCUCCAAAGACAAUGAAAUUAUUGCUGCUGCCAAACGCAUGGCCAUACUGAUGGCUCGCCUCUCCGAUUUGGUGCAAUCGGAUUCACGUGGCAGCAAACGUGAAUUGAUUGCCACUGCCAAACAAAUUGCCGAAGCUUCCGAGGAGGUUACCCGAUUGGCUAAGGAAUUGGCUCGCCAAUGUACCGAUCGCCGUAUACGUACCAAUUUGUUGCAAGUUUGCGAACGUAUACCCACUAUUGGUACACAAUUGAAGAUACUCUCCACUGUCAAGGCUACUAUGUUGGGUGCUCAAGGAUCAGAUGAAGAUCGUGAGGCCACCGAGAUGUUGGUGGGCAAUGCACAAAAUCUGAUGCAAAGUGUCAAGGAAACUGUGCGUGCUGCCGAAGGUGCCAGUAUCAAAAUACGCUCGGAUCACACUAAUCGCUUGCAAUGGGUGCGUCGCCAACCUUGGUAUCAAUACUAAGACGAUGCUACAAAGGAAUUUGUAUAUUUUUUACAAUAUUUUUUUUUUAAUUUUUUACUUAAAACAAACAAAACCUCUAACAUAAGUGCCUUAAACGUUAACAAUGAUAUUUAUUAUAUAUUUGUGCUCGCUCCUUAUUGUGUGUGUGUCUUCAAAGUUGUUUGGAAUAUUUUUCUAUAAUUUUUUUAUAAUUUUUUUGUCCUAAUGUUAAGAUUAUACAACGAAACCUAAACCACUUGAUGUAAAUCCCAAAUAAUAAAACCUAAACUUUGGCAGUUCUUUUUUUAAUAAUGCAAUACCAAGUAUUCAAGUGCAAUAUAAUGAAUUGUUUUCACCUCAUCAGCUAAGGUAAUGCAUUUAAUUUGAAAAUCCCUUAAAGAUUAAGAAUGUCCCUUUAUAAUCAUCUACAAUACAAACAAAUUGUUGCCAAAUUUUAUGGCUUUAGUUUUUUCUUUGAUUAGAUAAAUUUUUAUUAUUUUUUGGCAGAUAGAAGAAAAUCACAACUAAUGAUAAUUUGUAUUACUAACAAAACAAAAUCCUUUUGAAUUGGAAUUCAAGUUGCAUUCGAGCAUUUAAAGUGUGUCUAGAAGAAGCAAAUAAAUAAAAAUACAAAAAACAA